GCUAUGGCUACGUCAGCAGUGGCCAAGAUGGCGGUGUCCAUGCAGCUUAGUAUGGUUGCCAGGGUUUGCUGGGCGAUAGUCCUGUGCUGCAUGACCGGGGUUUGGGCUGAAGUGGGUCACACAGUUCCUCCGCACCGGAGGUUUGAAUACAAAUACAGCUUCAAGGGGCCAUACUUGGCGCAGAGUGACGGCACGGUGCCCUUCUGGACCCACACUGGCAAUGCUAUUCCCAGUGCUGACCAGAUUAGGAUAACUCCAUCCUUGAAAAGUCAAAAAGGAUCUGUUUGGACAAAAUCUAUAACUAACUUUGAAAACUGGGAAGUGGAAGUGACAUUUCGAAUAACGGGACGUGGCAGGAUAGGAGCUGAUGGAUUGGCUGUUUGGUAUGCAGAAGGUCAAGGAUUGGAAGGUGACGUUUUUGGAGCAGCAGAUUCUUGGAAUGGUGUCGGCAUUUUCUUUGAUUCCUUUGACAAUGAUGGAAAGAAAAACAAUCCAAUGAUUUUAGUGGUUGGCAACAAUGGCAAACUUAACUACGACCAUCAGAAUGAUGGCUCCACACAGGCACUCGCAUCCUGUCAAAGGGAUUUUCGUAACAAACCGUACCCCGUGCGAGCGAAAAUAACGUAUUACAAUAAAACACUUACAGUAAUGAUUAACAAUGGAUUUACGCCAGAUAAAGAGGACUAUGAGUUCUGUGCAAAAGUGGACAAUAUGAUUCUUCCAGGACAAGGUUUCUUUGGGAUUUCUGCUGCAACUGGAGGCCUGGCAGAUGACCACGAUGUCCUGUCUUUUUUGACGUUUCAUUUGACUGAGCCUGGAGAGCAGUCUCCUCCCACAGAUGCAGAAAUUCCAAAGGAAGAAAAGGACAAGUACCAAGAAGAGUUUGAGAAUUUUCAACAAGACCUCGAUAAGAGGAAAGAAGAGUUUCAGAAGGACCACCCAGAAAUGCAGGAACACCCAGUGGAUGAUAUCUUUGAGUCUGUAAAUGAUCGUGAGCUGAGACAGAUAUUCGAGGGCCAGAACCGCGUUCAUCUUGAAAUCAAACAACUAAACAGGCAGCUGGAUAUGAUCCUGGAUGAGCAGCGCCGCUAUGUAACUGCUGUGACGGAUGAGAUCGCUAAGAGAGGAGGCAGCACGGCUGGUCAGCAGGAGCAGGCUUCUCGGCAUGAACUUGAUAGCUUACUCACAUCUCAAAGAGAAGUUUUGAGACAAGUUGGUGAAAUGAGGAGCUCUGUGAGUGAAACCUUAAGACUAGUCUCUGGAAGUCAACACACGGGUUCAGCAGGCUAUGAGACAACACAACAUUUCAAUGACAUCAAGGAGCAUCUUCAUGUAGUAAAGCGAGACAUUGAACAUUUAGUGCAGAAAAAUUUGCCACAUGAAAAACAGAAAUGUCCAGAUUUACCUCCAUUCCCCUCUUGUUUAACUACAACACAUUUCUUAGUAUUUGUAGCAAUACAGACAGUGUUAUUUGCUGGCUACAUUAUGUACAAAAGCCAACAAGAAGCCGCUGCUAAAAAGUUCUUUUGAUGAACGGUUUCAUUGUUUGUAUUCGUACUUCAUGAUAUGAGGGAUUUUUUAGUACAAAAAUGUUUCAUUAGAUUAAAUUAUUGAAUUGAUGUGAAACAAAAUGAACUUUUUGGUUUAUUAAUAGAUGGCAACAGACUUGGCAUAUUUUCUAAUUUAAACUCAAUUUAAAAGUUUGUAAUUUCAGCUGGUUGCGUUCAGUAACUGCUGUUGUCCCCGGAGUUGCUGCCAAACAUCUUUUUAACUCAGGGCAACAGUUUUCUUUUCUCUAGAGGAGAAAAUCAGUUUUUUUCAAAUGGUCAAUGCAAAGUAAUUUUCUUUGGGGGUUAAACAAAAAAUCACCCAAAUGAAGUUAUUUAUUUCUUCUCAUGACUGAAUAUAUUUUCAUCAAAUAUAAAAAAGGAUCAUAGUAUUAAAUCAACAAGAAUUUAAUUAAAAGUGAUCUGUUACAGAAUAAAAUGUUAAUUUUUAUGUUUUUUUUUUUUUUUAUAAAAAAAAUUUCUUUUGUAAUGAGA